AUGGGCCACUUUGGUGGACUUUUUCUUCUAAUUUAUUUGCUAAUCUGUGGUAAUAUUUCAGGUCAUGCACUACAAGCCUGCCAGGACGAGGCGCUCUUCCUGUGCAGCAGUGGGCGAUGUGUCCCGGAGGUCAAGGUGUGUGAUGGACAUACAGACUGUGAUGAUGGCACGGAUGAACUUCACUGCGUGGAGAGAGUAUGCCAAGAGUUCUUGUGUCAAGAUGGUGGCUGUGUAGCCAGGAAUGUGCUCUGUGAUGGUACACCAGACUGUAUAGACGGCUCUGACGAGACACAGGAUACCUGCGGUGUGCGACGAUGUAAGGAGGAUGAGUUUACGUGCCACAACCGGCGGUGUGUGGCCCUUCAUUUUCAUUGCGACGGAGUUGAUGACUGUGGUGACGGGAGUGAUGAAGUGUCCUGUCAGAACUGUACCAGCGAUUCCUUCUCCUGUGGCCGGCUUGGCCCCUGCCUGCCCCGGAACUGGCUAUGCAACGGAAAGGCUGAUUGCCCUGAUGGGCAGGAUGAAGGCAGCGUCAUGUGUCCAUUGCUCCCCCUCCCAAACCCUCACACAUGUUCAGCCUCUGAAUUCCAGUGUAGUGAUGGGGAGUGUGUGCCUGGCACCUGGAAGUGUGACCGUUCCCCCGACUGCUCUGAUGGCAGCGACGAGGAGAACUGUGGUGAGAAUGAGUGUCUUGUGAACAAUGGAGGCUGUUCCCACCUGUGUGUGGAUCAGACCCUGGGUUUCCUCUGCGAUUGCCCCAGUGGCAUGAGGCUGGUCGGGCACAGCCAGUGUGAGGUAAUUGACAGCUGUCUUGACAGCGACGUGUGCAGUCAGUUGUGUGUUCACGUUAAUGGCCACUUCUCCUGUGUCUGCCAUGAUGGGUACCAGAUGAGCCCAAAGACUGGGGAAUGCAAGGCCAAAGGAGAAGAGGCCCGGUUGGUUUUUAGCAGUUCUGAAGGUGUGCGGUGGAUCAGUACCACUGGAGCUGAGUACACAGAACUGGCCGCUCAUUUGCGAGGACCAGGGCCCAUGGCCGCCAUAGCUGCCAGUCACACGCUGUACUUGGCCCGGCAGAGACAUGGAUUUAUAUAUAGGGUCUCCAUGGAUGGAAAACCCCAGAAGCCUGUGCUGGUGCUUAAAGGUCAGGGUUCAGUGUCGGGUCUGGCAGUGGACUGGAUUCACCUCCUCUUGUACUGGACUGAUAGGGAGGCUGGCUCUAUCAACGUUGCCCUGCUGGAUGGCUCGGCACAGCGACUGCUUAUCGCAGGGCUGGACAAGCCUACCGCAGUUGCUGUGGAACCUUUUCUAGGGUUGCUGUUUUGGUCAGAGAGCGGCAACUCCCCAAAGAUUGAGAGGGCGAGCUUGGACGGCCAAGAUCGGAUGUCACUUGUUAUUUCCUCAAUACACAACCCUGUGGCUGUCUGUCUGGAUGUGACUCGUCAGUUGCUGUACUGGGCUGACCGAGGGAUGCGGACCAUCUCCAGGGUUGACUUCCAGGGCCGUUACCGGAAGACGGUGGUGGAGUCUAAUGGUUACCUGGACCGGCCUGUCGGACUGGCUGUGUUUGAGGGGCGGGUGUUCUGGACAGAAGAGGUCACCCGGUCUGUCUGCAGUGCCAACAAACACAAUGGUAGUCACUUCCAAGUCCUCAGAACCGGCAUCGUCCCUCCGGGGGAACUGGUCCUCGCUCACCCCAUCCUUCAGCCACAUGGGCCCGCUGUGUGUGGCAGUACUGGGAAGGUGUGCCAGCACUGGUGCAUCCCUGACCUUUUCUCUGACACUGAAAAACCGCAGUUCAUCUGUGCUUCUGACAAGACAGGACCAAGUGAGGAUAAUGAAACAGCCAUCACCCGGACUUUACCUGAGCCGGCUCUAACUGAUCCAACGUUUACUGCAAUCCUCUCCCUCAUCGUGUUCCUCAGUGUGCUGCUGGUUGGAGUGACUCUGUGGUGGUGGAGGGAAGAGCUUUGGCCUACCAGGAAUCACACUGUGCAGAGCUUCUCCCUCACAGAGUCCCAGGACCCACUCAUCCGGGACCCGCCCAGAAGCCCGCAUGAAAUGCUGCUUAAGAUGAACUGUGGGCACGACUGAGCCAGUGAAUGAGCGAGUGUAUGCCUGGGGUGAUGGCAUAGGUGUUCACCAACUUCUGCUAGUCUGACUUCACCCCUUCCUGUCUCAGCACUGCGGGAGCACACAGGAGCUGAUCAACACUGACCUACAUGCUCCUUGGCUGGGUGUAUGACUCCCAGGAAAACUGUCCAAGAUUAAUGACGGUCUUUAAGUAGGGCAGACUUUGGAUUUUGGUCAGUGUUUCUUUAUAGUCUGUUAACCAAGUUUGCUAGGUAUGCGGUAGGAAAAACAUUGCUGUUAGUCCCAGAGAAUAUAAUGCACUUUUUGGUUGUUGAUGUUGUCUGUGUAUUUUCAAGAUUCAAGAAUACUUUAUUUGUCCGGAAAUAAAGGCUACCAUGUAAAAAAUACAUACAUGCAUAGUGCAAUAAUAGUCAAUAAAGUGCACUCAAAUACGUGCAACACAGCCCCUCAUUUCAGACCCUCCUUAUGUCCUGAGUUUAGGAAAUUCACUGAUGGAGGGAUGAGAGAGAUUUUAUAUCCGUUCAGGUAUAUUUUCCUGUAUUUAAUAGGAACCCUGUAGCA